UUAAAUCUUAUUGUAAUCGUUUUAAUGCGUGUACAAUGUGAUAAAAAAGAUUUUGUUUCAGAUCCUAAAAUAUUAAGAUAAAACAUGAAUGAAGGAUUCACAUUGCGUGCAAUGUUCGACGUCCAAUAAAAGAACUUGUUUUCUAGGGACAAAAAUAUUGAACGAUGAGAAUAUUUUCUAUUGGCGAAUCAAAUUGACAUAUGUCAAAUAAUGCAAUGUGAAUCUACCAUUAUACAGCGCAGUGACGUGUAACGUAAAAAGUUGCAAAAAGAAAUAUCGGUGUAUGAUUAACCUUUAUGAAUUAAAAAGAAGAUGAAUAUGUACAAAAUCGUGACGAGCGAAAAAAAAUUCGCCGCAAGAAAUGUAAUUUGACUCUUGAAAGAGUAUACUUUAUUUUGCAUUUUUGAUUACUAAUCCAUUAUCGUUACGAAGCCGUGCAUACAUGAAUAUUUUUCAUAAUGAAUAAGCACGCAUAUUGAAGAGCAAUAAUACAUUCGUAGUGAAAUAUAUUACUGCAAAUCAUUCAAGAACGGAGCGGCGAUACGUUUGAAAAGUUGUUUACGCAGAUAUGGCUGGAACGAAAUCCAAAAAAUCCAGUGCUCUCUCAAAAAUCUACCUGGCGUCGUAUAAUCUUGGCCAAACUUUGGGAUGGAGUUACAUAUUGUAUCUGAUUAUACAACAUUACAUCAAUCCUUCUCGUAAGACUUUGUGGGAUGAAACACAGCUACCUGUAAUCAUUUUUCAGAAUGCAGCUGUAUUGGAGAUACUACAUGCAGCAAUUGGGCUAGUACCUUCUAAUGUUAUAAUUACAACAUUCCAAGUUUUCAGUCGUGUGAUGGUUGUGGUUGGAGUUAUUUUGGCUACUCCUUCUACGUAUGCUGCUGCAUCUCCAGGACUUCCGCUAGCUCUCAUUGCAUGGUCUAUCACAGAAAUCAUUAGAUACUUCUAUUAUUUUGCAAAUCUUAUUAAUAUUUUGCCACAUAUAUUGAUAUGGCUUAGAUAUACCACAUUUAUUAUUUUGUAUCCAAUUGGUGUAACUGGUGAAUUAUUAUGCUUCUAUGCUGCAGUGCAAUAUUCUAAGACUCAUCCCGAUUCAUGGAGUUAUGUGUUGCCGAACAAAUGGAAUUUCACAUUUAGCUAUUUGUAUGUCCUGAUAAUAAUUAUGAUAGGUUAUAUACCAAUUUUCCCACAUCUUUAUUUGCAUAUGUUUGCACAAAGGCGCAAAAUGCUCAAUCCUACAGCCAAGAAAAUUAAUUAAUUAGUUUUUAAAUUUAUAUAAGAAUAUAAAAAUAGAU